GGGUGAGUACAGUGAGUCAGGCGUAGCUGGGAGGAGGAUGCGGUGUGUGUGAAAGGAGACAGGGCCUCGGGGAAAGCUCAGCUAGGGGAAAUGCUGCCUAGCCUAGCAAGGACAGACGUGUAAGAGAAUGAGCAGAUUGCAUGACACCAGAGUGCGGAUGAAGUUGUCAAGCUUAUUCUGAAGCCCAAAGGUUGGUGUCAGCCAUGGACUAAAGGCUUGUGCAGAGACAAGUGUCUUUAAAGUGUAGAGUGCUUUCAAGUAAAAAGGUCAAGAAAGCUGAACCGUUAUGCAGGAAUAGCCAGAGAAAAUGAUGCUGUGGAAAUUAAAAAUGGAGAUGUUAAAUGUUAAGAUUCUGUCUUGUGACAGUGGUAGACAAGCCUCGUAAAUUACUUAUUCCCAGUGAUGCCAAGAAUACAGAGACUGUUUUAUGAAGAAGCUGGAACUUCCUCUAUCUGAGACACGGAAACAGAUCCUCCAGUAGGUAUUUAUUUAUGUGAAUAAAGAGGGCGCUGGAAGCUGCUCCGGCAAGAGACUUAACCAUUACAGUUACUGGGAAGGAUAGCCGAGUGGAGACGUCUACAGACCUGCCACAGUGAAUGCUAUUCCACACCAGUCGUUGGAACAUUGUGCUCCCAGGGAGAUGAUUCCCCAUGAAGUUGUUGGGUUUCCUUCAGGAAUUAAAUGUGAUUUUCCUUUCACCAGACUGAAAUCAGCAUCAGUCAGACAGUGAGCAGGCAGUGGUGGUUGGCGGGGGUGGCAGAAAGCAAAACAUGAAAUCUAAUCAAGAACGGAGCAAUGAAAGCCUGCCACCAAAGAAACGUGAAAUUCCCGCCACCAGUCGAACGUCUGAAGAGAAGACAGUAGGAUCGACAAGUGAAAACCACCGGACAGAUAGUUUAUCAUGGCUCUCCACCACAGUAAGCAGCCAUGGUGGACGUCAUCCUGGGCCUGCAGGAACUUCUGUAGAAGCUGGUUUACAGCAGGGGAUAGGUUUACAUAAAACGCAUUCAAGUGGUAUAGACUAUUCACCCAGUGCUCCAAGGUCGGUACCAACAGCAUCAGCAGUUCCUGCUAUUUAUCAAACUGCGCAGUCUCAAUCAGGGGCAUCUGCAUCUCCUGUGCAAUAUACUAAUGUGCCCCAAACGUUCCAGUUUAUUGGACCGCCGUAUAGUGGACCACAAUACACAGGAUUCAUCAAUUCGCAGCUAAUUUCACCUACAUCAAAUUCCGCGUCAAGUGCUGUGCCCUCAACAGUAACAGGAGUCACCACUCCAUCACAACGCAGCCAGAUGGAAGCAUAUUCCACUAUGCUGGCAAAUGUAAGCAGCUUAAGCCAGCAGGGGCAUAAAAUGGAAUCACAUCUAGAUCGGACUCCUGGAUUGGUUGCAGCAGGAUCACCACCUACCCAGUCAAGUCAUUAUGUCCAUAUUUCCAGCUCAUCACAGGGUGGAGUCAGAACUCUAUCACCACCAAGUAUCCCAGUGCAUUUACAUACCCACCCAGUGAUUCCACAUACACUUACGCUGGGCGCUUCCUCCCAGGUGGUUGUGCAGUACUCAGAUUCAGGAGCUCAUUAUAUUGCUAGGGACCCUACAAAAAAAGAAGAAAGUUUCAGGUCACAAGCCAAGGAAUUAUUAAAUGGUGAAAUAGAGAAAGUUAGGAGAUUUGUAGUUCCUUCCUCCACAGAUGCACAGCUAUUGAAAGCAGGCAAUAAUAAACCAGCUUCCCAACAUUAUGAGACACGGCACGUAGUGGUGCACCCUAGUACCGAAUUCAGUGCUCGGGAUCCCUCAGGUGUUCGGACCUCUGUCAUGGUAGUGCCCAACAGCAACACAGCUGCCACAGACAUUGAUGUUCUACAAACCAUUAAGAGAGAAACCUCACCCUCAAUAGCUCAUAACAAGGGAAGCUUACACUUAGGAAAACCAGCCCACCGGUCCUAUGCUUUAUCCCCACAACAGACUUUAUGCGCAGAAGGCGUAAAAACAUUGGCCACUUUAUCUCCUCACACAGUCAUCCAGACAACUCACAGUGCAGCAGAGCAACUUUCUGUUGGGCUGCCUGCUGCAGCCUUUUAUGCGGGUACACAACAGCCAGUUAUUGGCUAUCUCAGCAGUCAGCAGCAAACCAUUGGCUAUCCUGGAAAUUUGCCACAGCACUUGGUGAUUCCGGGCACUCAGCCUUUACUCAUACCAGUUGGCAAUCCGGACAUUGAUUCAUCUGCGGUAGGGGUAGCACCUGCUAUUGUCACUUCAUCUCCCCAAUUUGCAGCAGUGCCUCAUACAUUUGUCACUACGCCCAUUCCUAAAAGCGAUAACUACAGUGCUGAAUCACUAGCUACUCAAGCAGCCUACCAGACCACUUUGGUUCCGGCUCAUUUCCACCUCCCUGUUGUACAGUCUGUUGCUUCUCCUAUGGCAGCUGCACCUACACUGCCCCCUUAUUUUGCAAAAGGGUCAAUCAUUCAGCUAGCCAAUGGUGAACUAAAGAAGGUCGAGGAUUUGAAAACUGAAGAUUUCAUACAGAGCGCUGAUAUUAGCAACGACUUGAAAAUAGACUCCAGCACAGUUGAGCGGAUUGAGAAUAGCCAUAGUCCUGGCAUCGCUGUGGUACAGUUUGCUGUUGGAGAACAUCGGGCCCAGGUCAGCGUAGAAGUCUUGAUAGAAUAUCCGUUUUUUGUGUUUGGCCAAGGCUGGUCAUCAUGUAGUCCCGAGAGAACAAGCCAGCUGUUUGAUUUACCGUGCUCCAAGUUGUCAGUAGGAGAUGUCUGCAUAUCGCUUACACUCAAGAAUCUGAAAAAUGGCUCCAUAAAGAAGGGGCAACCCAUGGAUUCAGCUAGCAUCUUGCUGAAGCACCCAAAGAAUGACAGUCUGUCAGGAAAUAGACAUAGAUAUGCAGAACAGGAGAAUGGAAUUAAUCAGGGAAGUGCACAGGUGUCCUCUGAGAAUGGUGAACUAAGGUGUCCUGCCGGUUUGAAUGCCGCGACCUUUGAAGCCAAAAUUGAACCUGGCAAACCCAUGGUGACAAGGAAGAGGAGGUGGUCUGCCCCAGAAUCAAGAAAAUUAGAGAAGUCUGAAGAUGAACCACCAUUGACUCUUCCCAAGCCUUCUUUUAUUCCUCAGGAGGUUAAGAUUUGCAUCGAAGGUAGAUCCAAUGUAGGCAAGUGAAAACAUACUUAGAGAAACAAAAAUAGGCUUACCCUUGUCUUUUUUAUUCAGAUUACUGUACUGUAGAAUAAAUAACCCAGUAUUUACACAUUAUCAUCUUAUUUUAGGUUUAUGUUAUAACAUUGUUAUAGUUGCAACUGGUAUCUUUCAGGAGACUGUUGGUGCAUAAGUUCUUUUCACAAGUGUUCACUCAUGCAGUACCUAGGAUCGGGGGGGGGGGGGAGCUAAGCUUUCUGCAGUCUUGAUGGACAGGAUUGUAUAAACAUGGCUUCCGUGAUUAGUUGCAGGGUGCCAACUUUAAAGUUCAAACGACUUCAGCUCUUUUCUUUCAGAAAGGAUUACAAGGGAAAUGCAGGCAAGAUACUUGGGCUGUCCCUUGUUGGGAGGGUAUAGCUUCAUGUUUGUUUUUGUUGUAGGCCACUGGCACAAACAAUCCCAGUUUAAUGUUAUUGUCUUGCCGACAAUGAGAAAGAUACCAUUUCAUAUACUUAAGUCGGGAGAAUUAUCUAUGUUUACCUUUUCUUCAUUUGGUCUUAUGAUAGGUUGCAAUCUAGUGCCAUGUCUCAUGUUGGUGUUUUUUUUUUUGAGCCCACAAUUUGAGCCCAG